AUGCGUGGUUACAUCAAAAGCAUUUCCAUCCAGUACGGUGACAACAUUCCGGGCAGGGAGCCACACGAGGACUUGAACAAGGGCAUGGGAGGUGAAUACGUAUAUAUUGUGCCAGAAUACACCACCAAUCGAUAUGAAGCAGCAUCGAAGUUUGCCGUAGAAGUCACACGUAAUUACGACUUAUACGCUGCCGACGUGUCUCGAGGCGAUGGUAAAGAAUAUUUUCGAUACCUCUGUACUGCCUACGCCUGCGACACUCCUGAGGCGAUCACCCGAGUCUGGCUUAGUAGGAAAAAGGACACAGUGGAAGGCGACGGGCGCACAACUGACAUCAACUGGUCAAGAGGUGGAGACUAUCUCUACCUCUGCUGGGAGUUCAAGAAGACAGACUACUUCUCCUACAAGGUUACCAACUCUGAGAAUCUGCCUCGAAAAGUCCGUCUUCGAGAUAUCACCUUCUCUCAGACCGGCACCGGUGUGGUGUUCGAGGGUUUAAGUGCUUUCGAAGACUCACGCCCGCAGAUCCAAAAGUUGCUUGAGAACGGUGAAGAGGCCAGGAAACAUGCGAUUUUCCAGGAAUUUGGCCCGCUUCCUGUCGUGUCCAUUCGUCGACACCCGAAAGGUGACACCUCGGACCAUACUCCAGACACUCUGGUCUCCCUUGAUAACCGCCAUCUUCACAUCAUGCGCGCUACGCUUCCCGCAGAGACGUUCGUGUCUGUUCGGUAUGAACAAAAGGACUCGCAGCUAAUCGAAGAAUACUGGGUCAAGGCUCCGCAGUACAGCCAAGGUGCUUAG